AUUUAAAAAAGGCCAGAGCGCAGGAGUAAAUGUCCCUUGCAUCUCCUCGACAUUCAGCAAUUUACGCUGUUUUUUUAUUUAUAAAAUCCAGCCAUACACAUGGAGCCUUCCAUUCAACCUGCGCACGACACUGAAAGUCAUAUAACGGAUAGUGACAUCACACUGCAUUCCAACACGAUUGAGAAUAGCGUCUCCCUCAAGAUGGACCUAAAAGAUGACGAUUAUUCCGCAAAGAGGCUCUCCAAAGCUUGCUCAGAAAGCGUGGAAUCUCUGAGAGCGUCGGUGGAUAUCGAGGAAGUGGAUCCCAAAGACGUGGCUGCAUACCUGAGUUCACCUCCAGAUGGAGGAUACGGUUGGGCUUGCGUUUUGGCAUCGUUUAUGGUUCAUGUGGUGACGAUUGGCGUGCAGUCAGAAUAUGGUGUCUUUCAGCAGGCAUACAAAGACACUGAGGAAUUUGGAUCUGUCUCCAAUUUGGGAAUUGCAUUCGUCGGGUCAUUGAGCGCAGCCAUGAUGGGUUUGGGAGGCAUACCAACCGGAUGGUUGGCCGAUCAGUAUGGCUACAAUGCGGUUUGUGCCGUCGGAGGCAUCAUUGAAAUGGUCGGACUCUUACUGGCAUCCCUAUCCACCGAAUACUGGCAUCUCGUCCUUACCCACGGAUUCCUGAUGGGUAUGGGUGUGUCCGUGGCGUAUUAUCCCGCUCUCUCUGUUGUUUCCCAAUGGUUUGAGAAACGACGAGGUAUUGCGCUGGGAAUUGCGGUGUCUGGCUCUGGGAUCGGUGGAAUGAUUCUCGCACCUUUGACUCGGAAACUUAUUGCCCAGCUCGGUUGGAGGUGGUCGCUGCGUAUUACGGCUUUUAUCGUGGGGGCAGUUGUUUUGGCUGCCUCUGCCGUGAUCCGGGUUCGGUAUAGCGCGCCUAGGAGUGGAUUUGCGGGCGGUUGGAAGGUUGUCAAGGACGGUGUUUUCCCACGUAUUUUUGCCAUUGGAUUGUUUGGGUCCUUUGGAUACUUUGUACCUUUCUUUUUCAUUCCAUCCUUUGCAGCAAGCCACGAUCUCUCUGCAUCUUCCGGCGCUCUCCUCGUCAGUCUCCUUAAUGGCGCGUCCGCUCUCGGACGCCUAGCCUGGGGAUUUGGCGCCGAUACCUUUGGACAUGUCAAUACACUCGUCAUGUGUAUAACCAUGUCCGCCCUGUCCAUGCUCGUAUUUUGGCCGUUUGCAACCAAUUUUGCUACCUUGAUUGGCUUUGUCCUUGUGUAUGGCGCAUUCAGUGGAGGGUUUGUGUCCCUUCUCCCAAGUGUCAUUGCGCAAUUCUACGGUAAAACUGGGCACAUUGCAACCAUCACCGGCAUGAUCUACUCUGCAUUUUUCCUCGGUAACCUCCUCGGUUCUCCCAUCGCGGGAGCCAUGAUGGACCGCUUUACAACGCAUCCCACACCGGAUACGAAACAUAUUGACUUUCUGCCAUCCAUUUUGUUUGGAGGCUUUAUGAUGGUCACUGCGACUGUAUUUUCGUUUUCGGUCAAGUUUGUACGGAGUCGGCGGUUGCUGACCAGGGUGUAAAAAAAGGACUUUUUUGUAUUUAUUCACUUUUUGUGUAUAUAGUUAUAUAGUAGGGAUACGGAUAGCUGUUUAAUGGCCAGGAAACGGUUCUUUAACAAGAGUCAUUUAUGUACAAAGUAACGAUGACGCUGCCCUUCACAAAAGGAGCAAGGCUUUGGUGCCUCUGGAG